AUGCCCGAAUGUUCGCUCGAAGGGCUUGCUUCCGAAUGGGAUUCGGACGAGUCUGUGCGGGAAGAUCUACGACUUGGCAAGCCUUUGAUAGCCGAGGUAUCGGAGAAACAGGUGGAUAUUCAAAUGCCUUCGAAAUACAAUCGUUUGUUACUUCCUGUUUUGGCCCGCAUGCGCAUGGCUGCAAAGAAGCUACCAAGCAUUGAUUCCUUUCGGUCUGAGAUUCGCGCCAUCAUGACAAAGAACAAGCGUGACCCCUCGGACGAGGACGUAGAUAAGUUCUCGUGGCUGAUUCGGAAGAACUGCGGUUUCGUUAAGAUGAAAUGUCGACGCCAAGAGGUUCCUGACUUCCAGCAGUUAUGCCUGGCCCUGGAUCCCGACUUGCAGGGCAUCGUGGAUCAGAUCAACGAAUCCCUGGCACGGCGCCGUGCCAGGCGAGCGGAGUCUCCUGAGGAGGCCACUGACGACGAGGAUGGCUAUGACGAUGAUGAAGAUGAAGAUGACGGUGGCGAAGGGGGGGAUUCGGAUGGUUCUGGUUUGGGCCACCAUUUGAAUGCCUUCAAGGAGGCUGUGGGAGAAUCGGCUCCAGAAGCCCGUGAUGAUGGCCCCAUAACCGAAGUGCCCAGCGCUGGUGUUCCCAACAUCGAAGAGCCGAGCGAGAUUGGACCAGUCGUGGAAACGCCCAGCGAGAAUGGACCAGUCGUCGAAAAGCCGAGCGAGAGUGGACCAGUCAUCGAAAAGCCGGGCGAGAGUGGACCAGUCAUCGAAAAGCCGAGCGAGUGUAGACCUGUCGUGAAAGCCAAGCCGACAUUCACCGAACACGUGGAACCAAGCGAUCAAGAGUUGCGACUAGAGCGCAAGCGGGAGAUCAUGAAACGGCUGGAGAUGUUGCGUGCCAAGCGGGCGAAGAUCACCGAGGCUGCCGUGGUUCCUGCCAGCGCAGGGCCGACAGGUUGUCUCGAUGCCGUGGAGACGCAGCCUUACAACUUGGAGGACGUUGAAACCCCACCUUCAUCGACCAAGCCCAGGGAUGGUAGCCCAGACGUUUCCACUGCGGCUCGCAGGGCGGAGUAUCAGAGCAAGAUCCUUCGGAAGUCCCCCAAGUUGCCUUACCACCCCUACUCGCCCGAAGUGUUGGACAACAAGGCUAGCAGUUCAAAGGACGAAGCCCCGUUGUUCACGCCGGAGAAGGAUUGGGUCUAG